CACGGCAUCUCAUCUAGGGAAGACACGCACCGCGCGCCACGGGUACUCCUCUCCAGGAUCCAGUCGGGGCUGGAACGGCGUCGCUUCUCUCGCGCGAGGGAGACACAGGCAGUGAGCGGUGCUGGCUGCUGUGCUUCUGUUAACAGUGCAUUCAGGAAUUGUUCUAAGAAGUUCAGUGCGUGUGAUAAAAACUUGUUAGACCCAAACGUUGAGAGCCAUGACGGAUUUCAGGAAUUGAUCAGUUUCAGGCCCGACACUUGAUAAUGUUUGAUGUACUUGAAGGAAAAUAAAAAAAAAAAAAAAAAAAAAAAACAAGUGAGUGCAGAAACGACAAAAAAAAAAAAAUACAUGGAUAAAUAAAGCGAGCACACUACUUAGUUAGGGACUCACUGAAAAAGAUAAAAAGUACAGGAGUUGAUGAUGAAUAAGCAAAGAAUCUACUGAAGUCUGAGCAGCAAGAACUUCAUAUCCGCUGCCGCUAAGAUGAGUUUCUUCAGACUCGUGUGUUUGUUGCUGCUUCUGCUGACUCAAGGAGUGAGAGGUUCAGCGGUCACGUGGACUCGAGGCAAUGAUGCGUCCCCUGAGAUAUUCCCAGACGGUCUUUCCCCGAGCCAAGCAAGUUUGGUGCGUCCAUUCAGCUUCUCUCCCUCCUCCUCGCCCACCAGCACGGCCAACAACAGCGUGCUACAGGGGGGCGCCGUGUACCCCAGCAGCAUGACGCACAGGGUGGUGGGGGCGGGCUCCAGUGCUGUGUUCACGCCGCCUGCCAGGUUCAGCAACACAGUGCUUCCCUCCUUCGCCAACACCACCGUCACCAACGUCACCGUCAUCAGGGGAAAGACCGCCUACCUCCGCUGCCACGUUCUCAAUAUCGGCACCAAAACUGUGUCGUGGGUGCGCCAUGACGACAUUCACGUGCUGACCGUGGGCCGACUCACCUUCACGAACGACGACCGCUUCGAGGCCAUGAACAAGCCGGGGUCGGACGUGUGGUCACUGCGCAUCAAGUUCCCUCAGCUGCAUGACUCCGGCAAGUACGAGUGUCAGGUGUCCACACGGCCCACCCGCUCACGUGUCAUCACCCUCAACGUGGUGGAACCGCGCGCCGUGAUCCCGCCAGGACCAGAGCUGUAUGUGGACCACGGCUCGCCUCUCAACAUUACCUGCGUGAUACCGGACAGCCCUGAGCCGCCUGAUCACGUCUUCUGGUAUCAUCGAGACAAGAUGGUGUCGUUCGAUGGUUCCCGGCAGGGCGUGUCCAUCACCACAGACAAGGGAUCCGUCACCACCAGCAUCCUCCUCAUCCAGGACGUGACCACCAAGGACUCCGGCUUGUAUAUAUGCGCUCCGCAGGGCAUGAAGGAGGCGUCUGUGAGAGUGCGGGUGCUCAAUGGAGAAUUACCACAGGCGAUGCAGACGGGCUCCACUUGCCAAGGCUGCGGCAGCUCCUACCUGCUGCUGCUUCUGGCGGCACUCUACCUGCUGCUGCUGUGAUUGUUCUCGCUCGCCGGUGUGUUGCCAAUCAUUGCCUUCGAAUCGGCCACAACUGAAGCUCAAUAAGAAAGAGUAUGACUUGACAUGCCAUAUCCCUUGAGAGGAUGCGUAUGAUCCCCAGUACGUCACGUGGCGGGGCUGACAUUCACUAUAACAGAAGACACUUAUUUUCCUAUUGCCGGAUUUUUUACCUUGACCUCCAGCAGCCGACGAACGAGCGCGAAACAGUCGGCCAGAUUUGCAGAAGCUUUACGGACCAAACGGGAAGACCAAGAGCUUAGUGCACGUGACUGUUCAUACUCGUGCUGGUUGGUGUUGUGUUUGCGCGCACGCGCGAGGUACGUAGUGUAUGAUGUACUGCGUGAAGGUGAAGUGUGACGCCAAGCUGUGUAUACCCGAGUGACGGCAGGUACUGUGCUGCACUCAUACGGAACAACUGCUUUUUUCUGAUAACAUUCAAUAGAGAACCUUUAUCCCGGGGAUUUGUGAUAGUGUUUUGUAGCCACACCACUCAUAUCAAGGAAUGCUGGUAGAAGUGAACGAACCGAAUAUAUCUCACUGGAAAAGGAAUGCUUGUGUGGACGUCUUGUAUUCGAAGGUACAGUCAUGUAAUGUGCGUUGGUUAAGGAUCAGUACAUGUAGAUUGUGUGUAAGGUGUAAGAAAAAAAAAUCAGUUCUUUACGUCUCAAACACAGAAAAAUGAAGCUUAAUUCACGAUACCACAUGUCAAUCCCAUCUCGUUGUGUGUUGAAAUAGUGAAUUGCUGAAGAGUUUAAAAUGUAUCAUUCUAUUUACACAACGCCGCUACGCGCACCGGGAAGAAGGAACGCAAGUAAUCCGAUCAGACCGCAAGAGUUGGUACAAGGCAUGAGUGUGAGGAAGCAGCGGCGAGGCGAGAACACAAUGCAAGGUGAAGGGAAGAAAAACUCCAGGCGUCACUUCCGGAAGGCGAACACAAUGCUAGGUUAUUCAUAUUCAUAUUUCCCUCGACUUAGGAGCCUUGAUGAUGAUGAUGAUGAUGAUAAUGAAGAUGAUGGUGAUGACGGUGAUGGUGGUGGUGGUGGUUCGCUAAGCAAUAAUUUUGUUUUGUUUAAUUUUCACAAGACGCCAGCAAACUCACACGAAGACUUUCAAUUCAGUUCACUUAUUGCUCACUGAACAGAACGAAAAACCCUUCGUUCAACUUUUUACCACCGCUUAUUUCAAUGGCAUCUCUUCGUUUAACUUUUCACCACAGAUUAUUUCAAUGCAUGUUCCUUAUAUCCACCUAUUUCUUAUCAUUCUUUCCUUAUCUUACAAAACCACAGUGGUCAGAAGGUUAAGGUGAAUGCUGACGUAAAGGAAAGCCACCUACUACCAGUGUGACUACCAGUGUUGUGUAUACACUGACGCAUUAACCGGGACGUGCACAGCUGACUAUGUGAUCCAGCUCUACUUGGCUCACUCUUAGGUUCGCUCAUAUAUAUCUCGAUCUAUUAUAAAUAUUGAGAGCUGCAAAGAUAAUGAAUAAAAUUAUUAAUUUAAUUAAAGCCAUGCAAGCCAGUGACGUGUCCGGUGGGAAGCUCUCCCGCCGAGCAUGAAUCAUUGUGCUGCAACAGAGGAAUUAAUUAAUCUGAUAUUCUUAUUUGUGAAGCUGCCGCCAACACCUUUAAACUCUUUCACCUUUAAUAUUUUAUUCAUGUUUGGCGAGAAGCACUACACUGAUUACCUUUGUGCGUCGUUUCACCCACUCAAUAAAACACACACACACACACACACACACACACACACACACACACACACACACACACACACACAUACACACAGCAACCUUUUCCCUCCGAAGAUCCAGCUCACAGGGAGGUUGUUAGGUAAGAGAAGCAUCACAUUUCUCAAUGCAAAAGCUGCGUAUUUCCAGACUUCCAAGACCCAGAGUGAAUUUAACACCCUCGCCUUUUACUCAGCAACAUGACAGACAUCUAACAACAAAAGGGCUUCUAUAUAUUUCGAUUCAUCUUAUCGUGCUCGCGGAAGGACGCCUGGAGGAAACACGCAGCGAGGUUCACUAGAGGCCAAGGCAAUGGACUGGAGAAGGUUAAGGUCUCAUUUAUAUACCAGAUACUACUUUCAUCACCUAUCUGUAUUUUUAUAUACGUGUCUAAUACAAUAAAUGUAUUUUU